AUGGAUGGGUGCGUCAACCAAAUCGAUACAACGUGUUACUUGUGUGAUUUUACAACGUUGUUAAAAGGUGUUUGUAAUGAAAUGAAUGAGAAGUGUGAGACAUCCUCGCAACACGGCUGCGACAAAUGCGUUUCAGAUGUGAUCACAUCAAAUGGCAACUGUGCGAACACCACAAAUUGUAAAUAUGAAAUCAACAGAGAAAGUGGCACCGAGUGUCUGUAUUGUGUCGAUGACGUGUUGUGUGGCAAAGCAAAACAAAAUUGUGAAACAUCACACAACGAGUACUGCUACUUGGCAAUGAAUGGGUAUCACACAACAAACGACAACACUGUUAAACAAUGUGAAAGUGAAGUGUGUGUCGUUUCAAAUGGUGUUAUCACAGAUUUGAAAUGUAAAGAAGGCAAAUUGUUGAUAGAUGGCGUGUGUACAACUAACACCAUGUGUAUAGUAAUGUCGUAUGGUGAUUGUAUCAAGUGUGAUGCAAAACAACACAUCUCACAUGGUAUGUGUUCACAAAACAAUCCAAAUUGUGACAAUCAGAACGGAGAUAUUUGCAUUGUGUGUAACAACUCCAUCAACGUUGAAGGUGUGUGCACAGACACCCAGUCAAUUCAUUGCAGUUUAUUUGACAAAGUGUGUGUCACAUGCGAGAGUGGCUAUUACAAAGACGUUGAUGGCUGCAAAGAGAAGACUGGCGUUUUGUCAAAUUGUGGUGUUGUCUCGUCACUCAACACCAAAUGUGUCGAGUGUGAGUCCGAUUACAAUUUCGAUGGAUAUUUGUGUGUGCCACAAACACUUCCAAAUGAGACCACCAAAGAAACAACUAAAAAUGAAGACACACAGACAGACAGCCAUUGUGAAGUGAGCACCACAAAGGGGUGUCUGAGGUGCCUCAGUGGGUAUUACCUCACAGACCGGAUGUGUGUCAAGUGUGAGUACCCCUGUGUCUACUGUUCAAAUCAGACAUUCUGCACAAAGUGCGACGAUUACUCGUAUGCAAACAGCAACGGCGUUUGCACCGAAAUUAACGACCUUGUCAGUGUGUGUGAUGUGUUGAUGUCAACAUAUCGCGGGUGUGUAGUCUGCAAGGAAGGAUACAUGCGGUCAUCUGAUGGGUCAACGUGUAUUGGCUGUGAUGUGUCAUGCAAGUCGUGCACAAAUGAAGGGAAUUGUGUUGUGUGCAAUGAGGAGUUUUAUCGCACUUCAUCGAAUGUCACCAAAUUGUGUUCUCCACAAAGCGAGUUGACUUCGUGUGCAAACAGAACAACAGCUGGUUGUGUGCUAUGUGAAGGUGGACACUAUCUCAAAAACAAUUUGUGUGUGAAGUGUCAAGACACGUGUACACAAUGCAAUGGCAUCGAUGAGUGCACUGACUGUGUAAAAGACAGUGUGCUUGUGUCAGGUGUCUGUUCACACUACACAGCCAUCGAAAACUGUGUUGCGUCUGCCAACAACAAAUGUUCAAAAUGUGAUGACAACUACAAAUUGAGUGACGACAUGUUGAGUUGUAUUCACACCACAAAUUAUGGUGUUGUUGUUGGCAUCCCAAUUGUUUCUGUGUUCAUUAUAAUACUCAUUAUCAUUAGUAUUAUAGUAAUUACAAUAGUCGUUUUACAAAAGCGCAAAGAAACAAAGAAAAUGGAAAACAUCUGUGUCUUUAAAAUGAGUCGUUCAAACAUCGCAAUGAGUGUGUUAGACGCCAACAUUUUAACAAACAAAAAUUCGCUGACAUUUGAUGACACAUGUGAAGUCAUUCCCGUUGAAAAAGAGUCUCGUGAGCUCCUCUGUGUUGGCAACAAAGGCAAAGGCAUUUGA